AUAUACUGGAAUGCAUGCUUGUAGAUAUCACCUACAUUCCGCUUUACCCACCGUAUUUUGUUUUUGCAUUUCUAUGAUAUAGACGUGACCUUGAGAAUAUUUUCGCAGCUUGCCGCUAUUUAUCUGAAAACAAGUUUCUGAAAAUUCCAAACAACUCGCGUGCCACUAUAAUUCACUUGCACCCAGAGACUCCAAAAUGGAUGUUUUGCCAAUGUUAUCGGUAAAAUUUGUCUUUCUGAUUGUUUUUUCCUGUCUACCGUGCGUAUAUACAGAGGACUGCUUCAAAUUCCAAAAGAAACAGAAAAACUAUGCUCGGUUUAACGUCACAGAUUCUGAUUUGUCAAAGAGUGCUGAAUUUAACUUGACCUUUCGCACAAGAAAAGCACACGGAAUGAUAUUUUACAUCGAGGGAAAGUACUCCAAAGAAGCCCCAUACGAUUUUGAAAGUCUGUAUGUCCGGGACGGGAAAUUAAAUCAUUUGGUGUUCAAUCCAGAACCUACCGGAAUCGGAAGUUCAUUUGGUAGUCAUGUGAUUACCGACUUCGACGUGAACACGGGGGAAGAUAUACAGGUAAAUUUCUUCCGAAGAAAGGACUUCCCUGUGGAUCGUCACGAGUUAGAUACAUCUGCUCACCUUAAGGGGAAAGACGAAACGUCUUCAUCUAUAACUGCUUUGAGAUCUGGCUUUGUGGUUAAUGGAAAAAAGUAUACAACACUUUCGGGCACCUUUCCUUUGGAUCUGAAAAACAAAGCAGACGAACAGUUCAUAUGGAUUGGAGGAGCAUUUCCGAGCAGGGGAUUGGAACACUUUGAUGGCAUUAUCAGUGAUAUUGUUAAUGUCAUAACAGAUGAGAAAUUCGAUUCACCUGAUGGUCGCAGCCUCGUUCUCCCAUGUGACGAACACAAUGUUGAUGAAACGGGAAAAUGAAAUUAACCAGAAUGGAUUUUCAUCAAACAUGACAAUGUGAACACAAUGCUAUAUGAGUGUAUAAAAUGUACUUUGAUUUUUAAUGUUAUAUACUAUUUAUGUUCGACAGUGAACAGAGCAUGUCUGGGUUUUUUGUUUUUUGUUUUUGUUUUUUGUAUUGACUCUUUUUUAAAUACAAUACCACGUAGCGAUUAAAUUGUCACUUACGGAUA